GCUUGAAAUGCACACAGCCCCUGUAACAAACAACUGACACAAGCGAUCUACCUUGAAAUUAUUUCACUAUAUUUAAUCGAUCUCCAAUAUCUCACUGAGAGAUUAGUCCAGUUGAAAUACUGGUAUCUUGAAUUAGCCCCAUUUGAUGAUUCAAAGAGUAUAGAGAGUUUUGUUUGCAGUAAUUGAGUUGAUUCGAUGGCUUCAUGGCUGAAAGCGGCUGAAGAUUUAUUUGAAGUAGUGGAUCGAAGGGCAAAGCUUGUGGUUGGUGAGAAAUCAGACGAGCUGCCUGUUCCCACCCCAGGUUCUAAUAGACGAGGAUCUCAUGCAAAGAAGAGUAGACCAAGAUCAAAGAAGAAACUCCUACCGGAUGAAGUUCCUUCUGCCGUGGAUGAAAGAGAACAAACUAUCACUGAAACAUCGCUAUCACAAGCAGAACCUGAUGGGAAUGUACCCAUAUCUCUGAUUGAAAGUGGUGAAAAUAAUCCAGGUACUAGUGGCAACGUUGACAUUGAUGAGCAACACAAGGCUGAUAGAGAUGGGUCCACAACAGAGAAUUCUAUAUCUGGAACAUUAUCUAACGAUGAGGCCAAGCCAGUUGGCGAUCAUCUGGAUGUAGAAACUUCUAAGGCUGAAGCUAUGGCCUCAAAUUUAAAUGAUGAUGUCAGGAUGGCAGAACUUGCAGAUACCCCUGUUGGAAAUCCAUCAACUUCUGCCAAAGAUGUUGACGUUGUCAAUGGCAAUUCUCCAGCUGACUCCAAUCAGAAUAUGAUGUCAGAAGAGGCAGGUCCUUUGAAAAGUGCUGAACUUUCAGAAUCUCAAACUCCACAUGAAGAUGCGGCAACCAAAGCUGAUUCCCAGUCAAAGGAUCUGGAAUUAGUUAUUGAACCUGGUAUCCAAAAUAAGCAGCAUAAGGAACAAACAUCUGUUACGUCUGCGGUGAAAGUACAGGAGCAACUAGAUGAGGCUCAAGGAUUACUUAAAAGUGCAAUCUCAACAGGGCAGUCAAAAGAAGCUCGUCUAGCCCGGGUUUGUGCCGGACUUUCAACACGCCUGCAAGAGUACAAAUCUGAGAAUGCUCAGUUGGAAGAGCUUCUCGUGGCAGAGAGGGAAUUAACUAAAUCAUAUGAGGCUCACAUAAAGCAGCUCCAGAAAGAUCUCUCUGCAUCUAAAGGAGAGGUGAGCAGAGUGGAGGCAAAUAUGGUAGAGGCAUUAUCAGCAAAGAAUGCUGAAAUUGAGUCACUUGUCAGUUCUGUUGAUGCGCUGAAGAAGCAAGCUGCUUUGUCUGAAGGGAAUUUGGCAUCACUGCAGGCAAAUAUGGAGUCUAUAAUGAGAAAUAGAGAACUGACAGAAACAAGGAUGAUGCAAGCCCUAAGGGAGGAACUGGCUGCUGCUGAGCGAAGAGCUGAGGAAGAGCGCUCUGCACAUAAUGCUACAAAGCUGGCAGCAAGGGAAAGGGAAGUAGAAUUGGAACAGAGAGCUAUUGAGGCAUCCACAGCAUUAGCCAGAAUUCAGAGAACUGCAGAUGAUAGGGCUUCAAAGGCAGCAGAUCUUGAGCAGAAGGUAGCCCUUCUUGAGGCUGAAUGUUCGUCUCUCAAUCAAGAACUGCAAGAUAUGGAAGCUCGUAUUCGCCGUGGACAAAAGAAGUCCCCUGAAGAUGCAAAUCAAGCUAUUCAGGUGCAGGCAUGGCAAGAGGAAGUCGAGCGCGCACGUUUAGGUCAGAGAGAAGCAGAGAGCAAACUUUCUUCAAUGGAGGCUGAAGUUCAAAAGAUGAGGGUUGAAAUGGCUGCCAUGAAGAGGGAUGCUGAGCAUUACUCACGCCAGGAACAUAUGGAGCUGGAGAAACGCUAUCGCGAGCUAACUGAUUUAUUGUAUUACAAGCAAACACAACUGGAAACUAUGGCCAGUGAGAAGGCUGCAGCUGAGUUUCAGUUGGAAAAGGAAGUAAAGAGGCUUCAAGAAGCACAGUUAGAAGCUGAAAGGAAUAGAGUUUCUCGUCGAGCGUCAUCCUCUUGGGAAGAGGACACUGACAUGAAAGCACUUGAGCCUCUCCCAUUGCAUCAUCGCCACAUGGCAGGGGCAAGCUUACAGUUACAAAAGGCAGCAAAGCUUUUAGAUACUGGAGCUGUCAGGGCCACAAGAUUCUUGUGGCGGUAUCCUACUGCCCGAAUUAGCCUGCUUUGCUAUCUGGUGUUUGUGCAUUUCUUCUUGAUGUACCUCUUGCAUCGCCUUCAGGAGCAAGCUGAUACUUACACGUCCAGAGAAGUUGCAGCUUCUAUGGGAUUAUUGAACAAAACGCUACCUUGAGCAGCAUAGUUGGAACCUGCUUCCAGUUAAUACUUUAGAGCAUAUAAAAAAUGUCGGGAGGGAUGACUGGGUGGUUUCAUAUCAAAUUUGUCACGAGAACUCACUUUCUCAGUAUGUGUCUGGUACGCUGAUUGCUGAAUGAGUUUUUCUCAAGGUCACUCCCACUGGUUCCCAAGUCUAACAAGAUUCAUGCCUGGGCUCGACUAACUCUCAGUGCCGUGGUUGAGAUGUAAAUGACUAACAUCUUUGGUUUUACGAAUGGACGCUGACUGGAGUGAUAUUCUUUGCACAUUUAGCAGAACUAUCUGUAUAUGUAAACUCUCAAAAGUGUAGCCUUUAAUUGUUCGUUUGGACUUCCAUUUUUAUGGUAGAUGUAGGCUGGAUAAUAAAACUAAUAUAGUGUGUCCCUAGUUUGGGGUUUGUGUUUAA